AUGGCGGUCGUAGUAAAAAGAAAGAAAUCCGACGUUAUUUUGCCCUACAUUCCAGUUGAAGGGCAUCUCAAGGACGGAAGGAAAGUUAUUUUGGAUUGGUACAAAGACGAAGAUGAGGAGCAGGUCCAUUCCAUAGUAAAGUACAUUGUGAACGAGGAGGGCGAUUCUUAUCCACAGGAAAACCUUUCUGACGUUGAGGAUUUCCGGGGAUUCUUCGCGUCACACGAUGUAUUUGUGUGCCGUGACGUAAAUUCCUCAGAGGUAUUAGCAAGUUUUUACGUGAAACCUAAUUUUCCAGACCGAUGUUCACAUAUAUGUAAUGGCGGUUUUGCCGUUAAGAAAUCGGCUCGCAGAUUAGGAAUCGGGAAAUUCAUUGCCCGACACUAUCUACAGGUUGCUCGCGAUCUUGGUUACCAAGCGUCACUAUUCAAUCUGGUGUUUGUAACAAAUGAAGCAGCCGUAGGGUUGUGGCGAAGCAUGGGUUUCACAGAGAUUGGUCGCAUUCCUAACGCGGGAAACCUGAAGGGGCAUGGCAAUACAGAUGCAAUUCAAUUUUAUUACGAUUUAUCGAAAAUAGAGAAGAAAGCUUAA